GAGAAGAUCUUUUAAUAUUUAUUUUUUUUUCUCCCUUUACAGUUGUUUCCUGUCUUUGCUCCUGGUGGCAGCUGUGGUUUGGAAGAUUAAACAGAGUUGCUGGGCAUCACGACGGAGAGAGCAACUCCUGCGUGAGAUGCAGCAGAUGGCGAGUCGCCCCUUCGCCUCCAUCAACGUUGCCUUAGAAACAGAUGAAGAGCCACCAGAUCUCAUUGGGGGAAGCAUAAAGACUGUACCAAAGCCCAUCGCGCUGGAGCCCUGCUUUGGGAACAAGGCAGCCGUCCUCUCCGUGUUCGUGAGGUUGCCUCGAGGACUUGGGGGUAUACCACCACCAGGACAGUCAGGUCUCGCCGUGGCCAGUGCCCUGGUGGACAUUUCCCAACAGAUGCCAAUCGCCUACAAAGAGAAAUCGGGCGCAAUCCGAAAUCGGAAGCAGCAGCCCCCUGCACAGCCAGGAACCUGUAUUUGAUGCAUGGACAUCAGAAACUGUUUUAAACAAAAGGGGAAAGGAAUUUUGGAGAAGGAAGAGGAGGAGGAGAAGAGGAGGAGGAGAAGAGAAGGAGGAAGAGGAAGAUUUCCCAAGUUGUGUCGCGAGAGACGAGAAGCACUCAGAAAAAAAAAAAAACCCACAACUUCCUUGAACCCAAUUUUUUUCUCUCAUCUACGUGAUAGUUGGCUUGAUUUGACAACUGCUCCACUUAAGUUUUACUGACACGUGGCUUCAGAUUGCUCCUUUGUUUUCUUCAAGUAAAAAUCCUUUUGUUGCAGGUCCGGUCCCAGCCGAUCGCCGCCGUUCGUGGUCAGUGUACAUAGAACUGUAGUCCAGGAUGAAUGACACUCAGGUUUACCCAUGGAAAGUGCUUUGUAGUUCAUGUAUUUAUCAAACUGUACAA